ACGUGCCAAUUUGAGGACUUAAAGCAUCCACGAUUUGAUUGAUAUUUCCUCAAUGAUUGGGUCCGAGAGUAAAUGCGAUUGAUAAAUGAUCACAUUACUCGCGAUAAGAGUCUGCGAUCUACUAUAAGCAAACUAGUCGUCUUUUGAUUCUCCUCUUCUUCACCUUUUUACCAAUUUCCUCGCUUACAAGAUUCAAAGGGCUCAUUACGUUGAUGGUCAUCUAAAUCUCAAGAAGACAAAGUUGCGAUUUUUGCAACUGGGUUUCUCUCUUCAGAGAUUUAAUCUGUAUAAGAAGAUCUCAAGAUCAGCUUUUGUGUAUUGAAGAAGAACUAGGAAGAACGAGGAUAGAUACAGGCUUUAAUCUAAACUUUGCUCUCUGCUUUCUGCGAUUAAAAGAUGGUGGCUUUUGGGAAAUACUUGCAGCGGAAACAAAUCGAAGAAUGGAGUGGCUAUUAUAUCAAUUACAAAUUGAUGAAGAAGAAAGUGAAGCAAUAUGCUGAACAAAUCCAAGGCGGAUCUCAACAUCCUCGCCAUGUUCUCAAAGAUUUCUCGAGGAUGCUCGAUACUCAGAUAUUGAAAGUGAAUCAUUGUUUGCAGAUUGAGACAACUGUCCUUUUCAUGUUGGAACAACAAGGGUUGCUUUCAGGGCGAUUAGCCAAAUUGAGGGAAUCUCAUGAUGCUAUACUUGAGCAGCCUGACAUAUCAAGAAUUUUCGAGCUACGUGAAGCAUACAGAGAUGUUGGACGAGACCUUCUUCAGCUCCUGAAAUUCGUUGAGUUGAACGCCAUUGGUCUGCGCAAGAUACUUAAGAAAUUCGACAAAAGGUUUGGAUAUAGAUUCGCUGAUUAUUACGUGAAGACCCGCGCUAAUCACCCUUACUCUCAGCUUCAACAAGUUUUUAAGCAUGUGGGUGUUGGAGCUGUUGUUGGAGCAAUUUCCCGCAAUCUUCAUGAGCUUCAAGAAAAUGAAGGAAGCUUUUAUUCAAUUUAUGACCAACCCGUUCUUCCGGCUCAGGAUCCAGUGGUUGAGGCAAUAAAUAACGCGGUGGACAAGUUAACCUUCUCGACGAAUUUCCUCAACUUCUUGGCACAACAUGCUCUUAUCAUGCAAGAUGAUUUGGUGACUCCUUCAGAGGAUACAAUCGAUGAGCGGUCUUACCAUUUUAAUUCGUUACUCCUGAAUCUAGGAAACACAUUUUUGUACAUGGUCAACACUUAUAUCAUCGUCCCUACAGCGGAUGACUAUUCGAUGAGCCUUGGAGCUGCAGCAACGGUUUGUGGUGUUGUCAUCGGAUCUAUGGCUGUGGCUCAAGUAUUUUCAUCGGUUUAUUUCAGCGCAUGGUCCAACAAAUCUUACUUCAAACCUCUUGUGUUUAGCAGCAUCGCACUCUUUAUCGGAAAUUUGAUGUAUGCGUUGGCAUAUGAUGCCAAUUCCAUAGCGCUUCUUUUACUCGGCCGUGUCUGUUGUGGGUUGGGAUCAGCAAGAGCUGUUAACCGGAGAUAUAUCAGCGAUUGUGUGCCUUUGAGAAUCCGAAUGCAGGCAUCGGCGGGUUUUGUGAGUGCAAGUGCUCUUGGAAUGGCUUGUGGCCCUGCGCUUGCCGGUUUACUCCAAAUCAAAUUCAAGUUUUACAAGUUUACAUUUAACCAAUCUACUUUGCCGGGAUGGGUUAUGGCUGUGGCUUGGCUGUUCUAUUUGGUAUGGCUAUGCAUUUCAUUCAGAGAGCCGUUGCGUGACACAGAGGAUGGAGAAAAAAACAAUCGAAAUGAAACAACAUCAGCGACAGAUAGAGUAGAAAGUAGCAGAGUCGAGGAAGGUCUUCGAUUGCCGUUGCUGAUCACUUCAGGAAUCAAGCCAGAAGAUGAAGAGGAAUGCGAUGAAAGUGAAGAAUCCCCAGAAGAUUCUCACAAACCUGCAAAUUCUUUCAUAGAAGCAUACCGACUCCUUACUCCAUCUGUUAAGGUUCAACUGUUGAUCUACUUCAUGCUCAAAUAUUCGAUGGAAAUAUUACUGUCAGAAUCAAGUGUCAUUACUUCAUACUACUUUAGUUGGACAACAAGCUCUGUUGCCAUCUUCCUGGCCUGCCUUGGCCUCACGGUGCUACCAAUCAACAUUUUGGUCGGAAGUUACAUCAGUAAUAUGUUUGAAGACAGGCAAAUCCUUCUAACAUCUGAGAUCAUCGUCUUCCUUGGGAUUCUCUUCAGUUUCAAUUUGUUUGUUCCAUACACUGUACCUCAAUACGUAAUCUCUGGUCUCAUAAUGUUUGUUGCUGCUGAAGUACUCGAAGGUGUGAAUCUAUCGUUGUUAUCGCGGGUAAUGUCAUCAAGGCUAUCGAAAGGAACGUACAACGGAGGAUUGCUCUCAACAGAAGCUGGAACGUUGGCUCGUGUUGUGGCAGAUGCAACCAUAACAUUGGGAGGAUAUUUGGGAAGAGGCCAUCUCCUGAAUGCCACUCUUCUACCAUCACUUGUCAUCUGCAUUGGCUCCAUCGUUGCUACUUGUUGUACUUAUAACUCACUCUAUUGAUUUUGGAGUUUUGCUACCAAAUUUUACAAAAUAGAAUAAAACAGUGUGUAUGAUCGAUCCUCUCUUUGAUUUGAUUAUUUUUGUUGUUCUAAUUCAUAUGGGUGUAUAUGUGUUUUAUAAUACAUAUAGUAUGUAUAUUCGUAUAUAUACGGUGAAUAUCAAAUCCUCCAUUUGUUGGAAAUUCCAGUUUUGUGAGAUUCUUUUUCUGAAGUAUUGUAAUAAAUUCUCAUAUAAAUUUAUAAGUUUUUAUUUGGUAUCUGCUUUUAUAUACCAGUUAGUCCAUGCACAUCCAUUUCUGGUUCUCUUGUUGAAUCUGUAACUGUGUACUCUGCAUGUUUUCUGAGCCAAUUGGGUUAUGUUGAUAUAUCUGUUUAUCUGACUUUGACAUAUACAUAAAUUAGAUAUUUUAAU